AUGGAUGCCGAUGUCGACGCGAUCGAUAUCGAUGAUGAAGAUGAUGCUGGUACAUUCAGCAUCGCCAAUGACUGCCAAAGUGAGGACGAUGACACUCUCACUGGUGAAGAAGACGUCCUUCCAGCAGUGCACACGAAGCGCACUCCUGCGGAUAAAAGUAAAUCAGCAGAGGAAUUUCUGCUGACUCGCGAAGCGUUUGUCCGCUUUGUUUAA